CCCAAGCUGCCUGACCUCCAAGUCCACACCUCUAACUACUCUGCUGUCCUGCUUCUCAAGUAGCUUCCUGCUUCAUCUGCUGCAGAUUCCCUUGAACUUUCCAAUCCAGCUGCACACCAGCUCAUUCCGGGCCAUCAUUCCUCAGCUGGCCAGAUUGUACCCCAAUAUGGAGCUAGAGUUUGAGACGUCACCUCAGUCAGCUCCAUUCCUGAUGUUCACCCCCGGAAAUGUGACCCUCAUGCCAGUGAUGGACAUCCAAGCCUUUGCUCUCCUGCCCAACUCCUCUGGCCGCAAGCCCCUCUUCCAACUCAGGGCGCCUUUGGGACAUCAAUUAGGCUUCAGAGUGGAGCUGUUCAGUGAUGCUGCCACAGGCAUUCAUUCAAGUGUUGCAGUUUGGACUUCUUCCCCUGUCUUGAUGCUUCCAUGAAGGUGGAGACCUCUGAAACCUCAGCUCACCUCUCAUAACGUCAGCUGUGGA